AUGAAUAAUGAUCAAUUCCGGAAGCUGUUGCUCGCCAAGUCGGGCACAUCGGCAAAAGAUGGCGCCUCCCCCAAAGGCACGAGCCCUGGGGCGAACACCGGCUCCCUGGGUUCUCGGCAGCGAAGCAGCAUCCCGAUGACACCACGAUCGGUGGGCUUAGGAGGCGCGCAGGCCGAUUUUGCGAGACAGCUGGCAGAACGGAAUCAAGCUCUACAUCCCGCAAAGAAGUUCAAGACAUCCGUGCCGAAGGGGGUGAAACUGGGGACAGGCUACGUCGAUAGAGCGAAGACCCGAGAGUCCGAAGAAGACGAGCGAGAAGAGAGACUGAAGGCGUUGGAAAAGGCCCUUAAGGAUGAAGAAAUCGACCAGGCGACAUACGAAAAGCUACGGUUCCAGAUUGCAGGCGGAGAUCUCUCAAGCACCCAUCUGGUGAAAGGAUUGGAUUUCAAGCUCCUCGAAAGGAUACGCAAAGGAGAGGAUGUCUACGGGAACAAGCCAACGACGGAAGAUGGCGCGCAAGAGGCUGCAGAAGCAGAAGAAGACGUGGAGGACGAGCUCGAUCGGAUCCAGGAACAAGACGUACAAGCCAUUACAAGAGAGAAAGAAAAGAAGAAGGGCACUUUAACAACCGUGCCCGUGGCGCCCGGCAAGAAGAGGACACGCGAUCAGAUCUUAGCGGAGCUCAAGGCCGCCCGAUUAGCAGCGCAGCAACAGAAAGAAUCCACCCUUGGAGACCGAUUCAAGAAGAUUGGAGCGAAGCAAAAACCAGGAACGCGGAUCGAGAGGGACAGCAAAGGCAGAGAGGUUCUGAUCAUUGUGGAUGAAGAUGGACAUGAGAAGAGGAAAGUGCGCAAGGUACAACCGGAAGAGGAGGACGCUCGAAAGGCUCUACUCAUGCCAGACAAGAGCGCCAAGCCACUGGGGAUGGAGAUUCCCGAACAAUAUCGGAAGAAGGAAGAGCCCGAAGAAGAUGACGGCGACGUGGACAUCUUUGAGGAUGCCGGCGACGACUACGAUCCGCUAGCCGGAAUCGACGACUCAGACUCUGAAUCGGAUGAGGAGGAGAGGAGCAGCGACAGCAAGCAGGAGGCAAGCAAAGAUGCAGAGGCAAACGAGACCAUGCCACCGCCACCGAAACCAUCGAUGGCGCAACCAGAACGGCGGAAUUACUUCAGGGACUCAAAGACAGGCCUCAUUUCCGAAGAGGCGGGCAGAGCGCCGUCCAUGUCUGAUCCCGCCAUUUUGGCAGCAAUCAAGAAAGCAGCAUCUCUCAGACCCAUCGAGCAAGACGACCAGGACGACAAGGCCAAAGAAGAAGCCAAGGCGCUGGAAGAGCGACGAAGGAAGCUCCUCGAAAUGCAGAGCCGGGAUGACGAGGAUAUCGACAUGGGCUUCGGCACCAGCAGGUUUGAAGACGAGGAGGACUUUGAAGACAAGAAGAUCAAGCUAUCGAGGUGGGGCGACGAUGCUGGAGAGGAAGGGUCCGGGAGAGGCGACAGGUCGAAGCGGAAGAGAGGGCCGAAGAAACGAAAGGGCGACGUCAAUAGCGCCGCCGAUGUGUUGCGGGUUGUCGAGCAGCGUAAGAAGUCGGCGUGA